AUGGCCGACCGUGACCGAGGGAGUCAUGUGACCGAGGAAGUCCAAGUUCAUGGCCCCAAAGCUCCGGACAGCAGCAGCACACACACAUACUUAAAUGGUCAGUGUGUUCUGUCCGUGUCCAGCCGCUCUGUUUUCAACCCGGACUUUGACCUGGACUUGUGCCGUCGUCACCUGGAGAUGAACGGCUUCCAGAUUCCGCAGUCGGAGCUGGAGGUGCCUCUGGAGACGGCGCUCGCGGCUCCUUCAGUCAAAAGAUACAUCACCUUUAACUCCUCCAUGUUUCACUUCCUCAUGGCUCCUGUGCUGUACCUGGUGUUGUGGUGUGCGGCCUUCUCCACGCUGCACCUGUACGUCACGGUCACAGAUUACUGGGUGCUCUGUCUCUGUGUGAGCCUCCUCGCCAUCUUCCUCACCAUCGUCAUCAUCUUCAUCCUCCACCGCAGCAACAAAGAGAUGAACAUGAACCUGGACGUGAGGCUGAUCGCGGUGAACGAGGCACUGGUCAAACACAAGCUGCUGGUGGCGGUGGCCGACUGGGUGGAGAACUGCAGGAGCCAUCUACAGCUGUACUUUGUUUACUGGGACAUGUCUCGCUGUUUGAGAGCCGUGACCGACUCUUUAGACCAACACCAAGAUCCUCAAAAUGUUCAGAAGAAGCUGCAGAAGCGGCUGUCCCACCUGGUCCUGGUCACUGACGCCGCUCACGCAGAGACAGAGGACGUGGAGCAGAGCGCAGAGGAGCACAGGCCUCUGCUGCAGGAGGACAGCAGUACCUCCAACGACCACCGGGCGGCGCUCUUCCCCACCUGCCUCAGCCUCGUCCCGGACACAGAGCUGUCUACUCAGAGAGAGUCCAGGACGCAGCUGUGGUCAGGAGCAGACGGACGCAGCUGUGGUCAGGAGCAGACGGACGCAGCUGUGGUCAGGAGCAGACGGACGCAGCUGUGGUGGCGAGCAGGAGCAGACGGACGCAGCUGUGGUCAGGAGCAGACGGACGCAGCUGUGGUCAGGAGCAGACGGACGCAGCUGCUGUGGUCAGGAGCGACGGACGCAGCUGUGGUCAGGGCAGACGGACGCAGCUGUGGUCAGGAGCAGACGACGCAGCUGUGGUCAGGAGCAGACGGACGCAGCUGUGGUCAGGAGCAGACGGACGCAGCUGUGGUCAGGAGCGACGGACGCAGCUGUGGUCAGGAGCGACGGACGCAGCUGUGGUCAGGAGCGAGCAGCUGUGGUCAGGAGCAGACGGACGCAGCUGUGCAGCUGUGGUCAGGAGCAGACGGACGCAGCUGUGGUCAGGAGCAGACGGACGCAGCUGUGGUCAGGAGCAGACGGACGCAGCUGUGGUCAGGAGCGGACGGACGCAGCUGUGGUCAGGAGCGGACGGACGCAGCUGUGGUCAGGAGCGGACGGACGCAGCUGUGGUCAGGAGCGGACGGACGCAGCUGUGGUCAGGAGCAGACGGACGCAGCUGUGGUCAGGAGCAGACGGACGCAGCUGUGGUCAGGAGCAGACGGACGCAGCUGUGGUCAGGAGCAGACGGACGAUGCAGCUGUGGUCAGGAGCAGACGGACGCAGCUGUGGUCAGGAGCAGACGGACGCAGCUGUGGUCAGGAGCAGACGACGCAGCUGUGGUCAGGAGCAGACGGACGCAGCUGUGGUCAGGAGCAGACGGACGCAGCUGUGGUCAGGAGCAGACGGAUGCAGCUGUGGUCAGGAGCAGACGGAUGCAGCUGUGGUCAGGAGCAGACGGACGCGACGCAGCUGUGGUCAGGAGCAGACGGACGCAGCUGUGGUCAGGAGCAGACGGACGCAGCUGUGGUCAGAGGGCAGACGGACGCAGCUGUGGUCAGGAGCAGACGACGCAGCUGUGGUCAGGAGCAGACGGACGCAGCUGUGGUCAGGAGCAGACGGACGCAGCUGUGGUCAGGAGCAGACGGACGCAGCUGUGGUCAGGAGCGCGAGCAGUGUGUCAGGACGACGACGCAGCUGUGGUCAGGAGCAGGAGCAGGACGGACGCAGCUGUGGUCAGGAGCAGACGGACGCAGCUGUGGUCAGGAGCAGACGGACGCAGCUGUGGUCAGGAGCAGGAGCAGCUGUGGUCGAGCGACGGCAGCUGUGGUCAGAGCAGACGACGCAGCUGUGGUCAGGAGCAGACGGACGCAGCUGUGGUCAGGAGCAGACGGACGCAGCUGUGGUCAGGAGCAGACUGGCAGCUGUGGUCAGGAGCAGACGGACGCAGCUGUGGUCAGGAGCAGACGGAUGCAGCUGUGGUCAGGAGCAGACGGACGCAGCUGUGGUCAGGAGCAGACGGAUGCAGCUGUGGUCAGGAGCAGACGGAUGCAGCUGUGGUCAGGAGCAGACGGACGCAGCUGUGGUCAGGAGCAGACGGACGCAGCUGUGGUCAGGAGCAGACUGACGCAGCUGUGGUCAGGAGCAGACGGACGCAGCUGUGGUCAGGAGCAGACGGACGCAGCUGUGGUCAGGAGCAGACGGAUGCAGCUGUGGUCAGGAGCAGACGGACGCAGCUGUGGUCAGGAGCAGACGGAUGCAGCUGUGGACCAGUCGCACCAGUUGCUGCUGACGUACUCGGCCUUGUACGUCAAACUCCUGGUGUCAGAGCAGCUCUCGGGACCGUCCCAUUACAGGAUGCGGCCGCGGAGGAACCACUGCUCCACCGCCUCGCUCUGUCUGUGCCAAUACAUCCGCACCAAGAUCCUACGGUAG